CCCACACUCAUUCCCUCCCCAUGGCCCCCCAGCCAACCAUUGCCGAAUGCGACGCCAUCAUCACGGCCAAAGGCAGCCCCUUUGAGAUCACGACCGUCGAGAUCAACGGGCUAACAUACAAGACCUGGCUCCAUGCGCCGCCCCACUGGCGCGCGUUCCUCGACAUCAAGCUCGAAGAGUACGCCGACAAGGAGUUCAUCUCCUCGCCCCUCGCGCCCCCCGCGCCUCAAACUGCCCGCGAGACAGUGACCUAUGGCGAAGUGCACCGACGCGCCGUCCGCCUCGCGGCAUGGCUCAAGGGCCAGGGCGUUGGCCUCGGCACACGCGUCGCCGUCGGCGGCUCGAACAGCAUCGAAUGGGUCGUGGCCUUCCUCGCCGUGCACCUCCUCGGCGGCGUGCCCGUCCUGCUGAACGGUACUCUCACGUCCAAGCCCCAGAUCCACUGCCUCCAGAUCGCGCAGCCCAAGAUCACGCUCGUUGACGAACACGUCGCCUCCAUCAUCGGCGUGCACAAGGCCGAGAUGAAGCGCCGCGGCAUCACAAACCUCUACUGCUGGAGCAGCACCGACCACCUCCCGCGCAAGGCGCGCCUUCCUGAACUCGGCGAGAUCAACCCCGACCCCAAGCUCAUUGAAGCUGUCGAGCGCGGCGAGGGCCUCGAAGGCCUUGGACCCGAGAGCGACGCGACCAUCUUCUUCACGUCUGGUACGACCGGCCUACCCAAGGGUGUUCUCUCGACGCAGCGUGCAUCGAUGCACAGCGUGCUCACCAACUUUACGCCUACGCUUCGCGACGGCCUGCGACAGGGCGGCGACCUCCGUACGAUGCUGACCACGCCCUACCCCGUUACCCCGACGAUGCUCAUCUCGAUCCCCUUCUUCCACGUCACGGGCUGCCUCGGCUGGCUCGUGCGCGCCAUCGGCUCGGGCUUCAAGCUGGUCUUCAUGCGCCGGUGGAGUACAAGGGUCGUGCUCGACCUCAUCAAGGCGGAGAAGGUCAACGUCAUUGGCGGUGUGCCUGCCAUCGUGACGGCCAUCCUCCAGUCACCCCUGCUACCCAAGGACACGGAGAUGUUGUCGGUCAACUACGGCGGCGCACCACCACCCGAGCGCCUGCCAGGCGACCUCACUAGGCGCUGGCCCAACUCGGCCAUUAGCCACGGCUACGGCAUGACCGAGACCAACGCGAUGCACAUGGCCGUUAAUGGCCAGGACUACAUCCAGAGGCCCACGACUGUCGGUGUGCCAACGCCCAUCUCCGAGGUCAAGAUUGUCGACCCAGAAACGCGCAAGGAGUUGCCGACAGGCCAGAUGGGUCUCCUCCUCGCACGCGGUGUCAACAUAAUGAAAGAAUAUGUUGGCGACCCGAAGGCCACUGCCAACGCGCUCGACAAGGACGGCUGGCUCGACACGGGCGACGUUGCCAUCGUCGACAGUGACGGCUUUGUGCACAUCACUGACAGGAUGAAGGACAUUAUCUUCCGCGGUGGUGAAAACAUCCCCUCCGUCGAGGUCGAGAACGCCGUGUACGACGACAAGCGCAUCGCCGAAGCUGCGGCUGUCCCAGUUCCAGAUCACCGACUCGGCGAGCUUGUUGGUGUUGCUGUCUCCCUUGCUCCUGGUGCUACCGCCACCGAGGCAGAUCUCCUCGCGACAGUCAAGCCCAAGUAUGUGUCUGUCGGUGUGUCAGCCGAGCUGACACCCGUAAUCAUCUACGUCAGCAACGAGCCAUUGCCCCGAAACGCCAACGGCAAGCCGGUCAAGCUCGACAUCAAGAAGAUUGUCGUCAAGGAGUACCUGGCCCGCCAGCGCCAGAGCAAGUUGUAGGACCAUGUCCUUCCUGUACUAUACGCCUUCUUGUCAUGCUACUAUCCGCG